AUGAAUACAAGCAUUCAAGAUGCCCCAGAAAAUGACAAACACAAACGGAGAACUCUCCUGCAUUGCGCCCCUGAAAUGUUUGAAACACCGGAUUCGUGGGAAGAUACGACAACCGCUGGCGAUAUAUGGGCAGUUGGGUGUGUGCUAGUGGCGAUGGUAACACGUUAUGCUCCAUUCCAAGACCUAUUCUUGUCAUAUUCAACGCAAAAAUUGCACGAAACUCUUCUUGAAGCCCACCGCUGCGGAUCGCCAAGUCAUCUUAGUUAUACUAGUCGCACACUUAUACCUACUUCAAGUCGAGAAUUAGCUGAUAUGGUAGAUGCGACGUUGGUGGAGGAUCCAAUAAAGAGGCCGCGGGCAGGAGAACUGCUAGAACAGUUUUUUCCCAAGAGUUCCGUAUCACGCAAAUCCUCAAAAAUGUCGCAGCCUUCUGUGCGUGCAAGAGGUUCCGCUAAAAGGGAAACAAUUGAACAUCACGAUUUGUAUAAUGAUGGACCGAUCACACUAGCUACGGACGACGUACAUAAGAACUUUCUAGAACGUUUGUAUGAGUCGGCAGAACGCCGUAGUGACGAGGAAGAGAGACCAUUACUUUUUUGUAUGAAAUGGAUCACACUAGCUACGGACGACGUACAUAAGAACUUUCUAGAACGUUUGUAUGAGUCAGCAGAACGUCGUAGCGACGAGGAAGAAGUAUGUUAA